CAAUGAUUCAGUUCGCCGCUUUGGUGUUCUCCAACGCAACGCGAGCGCUAAAAUCCCCAUACCCUAAUGCUUCCGUUCGAACACCUUGGUCUUCACCUCAAAUCGUAGGGCCUAGGACUAGGGUGACAGACUGACAGUUGCAGAGAAGCAUCCGACGACGACUCGAGAUUCCGGCCAGGCCGAAGUAGAUGACGGGAAGUAGUUGCAGCGGCGGGAAAGGAAGGGACGGUUGCAGGGGCUCUGAUCCCAGUCUGGUUUCGCUGGAGGUGCCAGAUCCCAUAACCAAUUUUUGUUCUGCUUCAGAUUCAAAGGCAGAGGGAGAAGAAGAAGGAAAAAUAGAAGCGGCAGCAACAACAAGAGCUUCUUCUCAUCAUGGAAAUGGCGGCUCCGCUGUCGAUUGCCGCGGCGGGAGGAGAUUGGCUGCGAGAGGGACAUCGCCCACUCUCAAUCGACUCUAUCCCACCCAUAUUUCGCCAAUCAUGAGUCGUCCUCAUCGCUUAAUCAGACGGCGUUUCAUCAAAUCUGACAAUGGGUACAUGGUCAGACUCGACGGCGGUCCGAAAUGUUGAAUUGAGAUCGUCUACGCACAGGGCGCUGGAUGGGUCGGCACAAGGGAGGCGGAUCGACGUGGAUUGUUUGUCGGGGGAGGAAGAUCAGAAUGGGCACAAACAGAUGGAAGUGGGGGAGGAACUCCUUUGGAUUCUUUUUGUACUUUGCUCACGGCAGGUAAUGGUGGUCAGCGAUAUCUUUAGCAGCUAGAGCUGGUUUGGAGGAGUCAGGGCUUUAGAGUACUUGGUUAGAUUGAGCAUUUGACCCGGGGCGAUUGGCAAGAUGGCAUACAUGAGAUCUGGGUCUUAUUCGAGCAUGGGUUUUCUGCAACAGGGGAAAAAGAAAGGGAAUUCAGAUUU